AUGAAUAGGUUUUCAAUUAUGGCUGCAGGUGCCAAGGGAUCUGGAAAAUCGUCAUUCUUCAACAAUUUGGUUGGAAAACAGAUCAUAACGGAUGAUCAACAGGAUGAAAUAAACGUCUAUAUGCUGAACUUGGACUGUGAAGGAGUUGUACAAAAGAUCACAUUCAUAGACACGCCUGGAUUUGAUAGCAGCAACAACGAAAGUAUUCAAACGAGCAUUUUGAACUUCAUCAAGGAACAAUUUGACUUGUUCAUGGCCGAGGAGAACAAGAUCAGAAGGAACCCGCUCUAUGAAGACACGCGUGUUCAUUGCCUGCUGUAUUUUCUACCAUCAACUGGCUACGGGCUGAAACAGACUGAUUUACACUUUCUUAGAAGCAUCAAACACCUUGUUAAUAUCAUUCCAGUUCUAUCCAAGGCUGAUGGCCUGACGCCAGAAGAGACUGAAAGGUACAAGAAGCUCAUUAGAGCACAGUUUGAUGAGCACAGUAUUCCGAUAUUCAACAUGCACCCUUCUCAAUCACUUGAAACUGGUAUUAAUCUGAAUGAAAUUGUUCCAUUUUCAGUGAUAAGUGGAGAAAAUAAGGUGAAGGAGAUCAACGGAUACAGUAUUGAAGUUGAUAAUCCAAAUUUCAACGAUUUGUCUGUUCUAAGAGAGGCAUUGCUGAGUCUGUACCUGGAUUCACUGAUGGAAGUGACUGCAAAUGAACUGUACGAGCAGUACAGGACGAGGGCAUUGGAAGACGUAGUUGGAGACAAAGAGACCAUUUUAUGA